AUGCGAACGAAUGAACGCUCCGUAUACUUUUUCAAAUACCUCUUUGUCUAUGUCUAUGAAAGUUAGUGUAAUGGCAAAGAGAACACUGGCUGCCCUUUUUGCCGCCCUAACGCACUAAGAGGGAGGCUUAAGAGAAGACAAAAUGUUGAUCCUACGAUCUUUUUGUUCGGUGACACGUAAAAUCCACCUUCCACCAAGCAGUUAAUGAUGAUCCUCUCCGUUGGCUUCCCCAGUCGAUUUGAGUCGCAGCGCGACGCACUUCUCGAGGUUAAACUUAAGCAGCCAUUUGUCAGACCAUUCGCAUAGGCGGUUCAGUCCUUCUUGCAGGGCCCGUUCAUCAUGUUCGCCAUUGAUCGCUCGCCAUAACUUGAUGUCAUCGGCAAACAUGACUCCAUUGCAGUCCAGUCCAUUCAUACAGUCGUUGACAUAAAUUAAAAAUAGUACUGGUCCGAGUACAGAGCCCUGGGGAAAUCCACUCACAACUGGCACUUGCGUUGACUUCGCAAUACCAACACACAUAUAUUGUGAUCGACCAGUCAGAAAGUCCUUUACGCAGUUUAAUAGGUUUCCCUUAUCCCUGACUCUCGGACCUUGUAAAGUAACCGUUGGUGUGGAACAUUAUCAAAGGCUUUCUUGAAAUCGAUGUAAACGAUAUCGACCCUUGUUCCUUCGUCUAACGAGCGAGACUACUGUUCCUCUGAAUAGAGCAUUUUAGUAAGGCAGGAGUGAUUUCGUUGAAACCCAUGUUGGGAACUAGCAAUGAUUAUGUUUUCUUCAAGGAAUUUCAUUAUGGGUUUUUUGACUAUUCUCUCCAUGACUUUGCGACAAAUGUACGUUAGGCUCACCGGCCGAUAAUUGUUUGUACUUGUUCUAGUUCCACCAAUGUAAAUGGGGUACUUAUUCGCCACUUGCCAACACAAACGAUAUCGUUCUGCAACAUUAAUGGCUCUCCCAUUAAAUAAGUGGUCGCCUCGUGUUUCUGCAUCUGUAUAGUCGCGAAGAUCGUUUACCACUGUCGUCAACACCUCCGUCCCCGCAGUGUUCAGACCGGACUGAGUGGAGAACAGAUUCUACAAGUACCUACAUUCCCUUACAGGAACUGUGUAGAGUCAGACAAACGGAUUGAUUUUGGUGAAUUCGGUGACCACGUGUAUACAGGCCAGGUUAUCAGGGAAGAACUGCUUGUUCGCAACGCGAUGGACAGUCGUAUGAUCAUAUUUCCGCCCUGCUGCGAAUGAAACAGUCUUUCUCGACCGAAACUGUAUUUCAACUCCUAAUACGAAGAAAGUGAUUUCGACGAAUACUCGUCCGCACUGUUUUCAGAUGAUGAACUGGGUGCCCGUCUGGGGCUUGGCUAGCGCAACGUACGGCGCUCAAAGCGAUGCGCAAUUCUGACUUUUCGACGUAACACUGCACUGCCGUCCUCAACAUGAAGCCGCAACUGUAACUCCGCAGUCCUUUGUGAGGCAUGUGAACAUCAAGCAAGCCAGCACUGUGACAAUGAAUGCAUCCGUGGAUCAACUGGAUUUUAAAAGCCAGAUGCCUCCCGAAGGGGAAUAAAUAUAAGCCUUACGGAAAGUUCUAAUGCAAGAAGUAUAAACUUACCGUAAAUUAUUUAUGUCUAACAGAGGAUGGCCGUUGAUAUAGGGGCAAAUUUAAAUGCUGAGUCCUAAUAUUAGAGAAACUGAGUUUAACGAAAAAUGCCUGAAUAAUAAUGCCCAAAAACACGCGAGAAAAGUGGUAUGACAAACUUUUUGCAUCUACCUGGCUGGUCUUCGACUCCUUGUCCAAAUUUCAAAUUCUGUAGCAGUGGGUCGGAUUCUUUAAAGGCGUCCUCACCGGCCAGCCGUGAAAUCUAAAGAAAGCAUCAACUUACUCCCUCACGCAUAAACUAACGUAAGUUCCUGUCGUUAACUCGCGCUGCAAAGGACGAACAAAACAGCUCACAAUAUUUUUAAACCAAAAAAACACUAGCCGCUGACUCACUCUAGCUGAACUUUCCAAGGAUAGCUGCACUAAGUCCAUGGACAAACGUAUCACUGUUACAGGGAGUGUGGAGGCAAAAGCCAAAUCUCCAGCACUUUAGGGGUGUCAUCACUAUUUAUUUAUAUGCGCAAGUUCAAGUGAAAUCUCUGUAGCUACCGAACAAGCGCCACUUUCAUCGGAAACACAGUAAAAAUAUUUGCCCGACUCCAUGCCAGUAAGACUGAAACCGCACCUUGAGGAAGCCUCCUUCCAGAAAGUUAAUUUUGACUGCGAGAGAACCAUGUAAACAUCAGCCUUAUCUUCGUCGUUUUCCGAAUACGUGAAGCCCGAAUAUCAGACCAGUCCAUGGAUGAGAAGAGAGAGGGAGAGUCCAACGCUGAUGAAUUCCUUCUCAUGGUGCAUCAGCAGAUUUCUCGCCAUGAAAAAUCUCGCGUGUUUAAGUACAUCACAAUGCGUCAUCAAUCGUAAAUUAAAAAGAUGUUAACAAAGGAAUUAACCCCGUCUGACCGCAGGAGUAAAAUGCAGAACGAUUUGUCCGUCUUAAGAUGGCAUAUAUCACAUUAACACCUAUGUGAAAAUCCAGCCGAUCUUAUUAUGGCCUUAUAAACGUGGAAGACGUAGUCGGGCCACUGGACUCGAGCCCACUUUUGACCACGUUGACCUUGUUUGCAGUCGGAGUGCUGUGGGCAAGCAAAUGGAUCGGAACACGACUAGUUUAACGCUUCUUUGGCGUUGAAAUUUGCUUAGGCCAUAGGAGUGGGCGAAGUACAUGCGGCAAAGGUCUUCUUCAUCAUAAACGCGUUCAGACGCACACUACAACUGCGUAAUGACGGACAUCGGCGUUUACAAUCUUUGAAUAGCUACGAAAAAGUUGUCCACCAAGAUGCGGAGAUCUAUCUAGGUAGUGCCAAACAUACCCCAGACGUCAGUAGUGCACAUUUCUUGUCCUCCGGAGUUCUCUUGCAUUAGAUCACUGUUUCUAAACUUGUUUUAUGGAUAAACACGGACUGAAAAUCUCUACUUUUGAUUGUUUUAUGGGGGUUUUCCAUACAUUUCAGUCUUGUUUUCAUUCAUAGCCGCUUUCGUAUUCCAUCAUAUUUAAGCGUUAUAUCGGGUUUUAUUUCCUAGCUCACACGGACGAUCGGCGUCCCACUUCCAGAAUUCUUCUUUAUCGUUGAGCUUGACUGCACUUGGACCCGCAGAAACUUUGUCAGAGUUGUUGCGUGACGGUCAGCUGACACCAUAAUAAUUUCUCCCUAUGUGUAUUCUGAGAGCCCCAGUGCAAAUUAUGAUAUUGAGACAACAGGAUAUGCAACCUUAUUGCGUUUUCUAGUGACUAGCCGACUCGUCCUUAGACAAGAAUUGUUGGAUCCAGCGUGUACUUAGUUUGAAUCGUCUAAUAUCUGCGCGAUUCUAUGAGACAUGAUUACCGACCUUGAAAUCCGUUUUCGAGGGGAUUGGCUACUUGCGCGGGGGCAUCUUUUUAAGCAGCAUGUUACAUUAGCCCGUCAGUCUUCAAGCUUUUAUUCGUAACUCCCUGGACAGAACUUUGUCACUGGAUUUCCCGGCGAUGUAAGUAGCCGUCACACAUGUUACAUAAGAACGUAUAAAGGGUCUUGUUAAUUUUUCUUGAAUGCCUUCAACAUUUCCAUAAAACGUAAUCUAACCGCUGUAGAACGCAUCCUAAACCGUUUGCUUUGAACUAUUACUUCUCUCUUCUAAAUGUUACAGGACUUCACAUCAUUCCACUUUCGACGAGAAUUAUAUGAAAUAGAAUUGUUGCGGAGAGUUCUCAUUGUUCAACCUUAUGUAUAAUAGCUAUAUUGGAUAUUCGCUUAUUCCCGGCUUAUAUAUUUUAUAUUCUAAGUUGUCCGUCUUCGAACUUACUGAGCCUGAAAAUCUGAAUUACGUAUGAAAACGGAUUGGAUACACCCAAUAAAUGUAUACAUUUAUUUAUCAUCUUACAAUCCAAAACAGCUGUCGUUUUGUCAUUUUUUAGGCCAAAAAACAGACUGGGUUUAUUUACAAGCCAUCAGAGAUAUAUAGACUCUUUUUCGUGCUAUUUAACUAAUCCGGCAUGAUUUGGCACAGUGACGAGCAAACGACACGAGAUUUAGGGAGAAAUUACUGAAAUUACUAUUGCCUCGAAUACAGAUCCAGUCGAUGAUGACGGACAUUAAGUCAAAAACGCCUAUCAUGUUUUGAAAGAUACCAAGCGCAAGUAAUGAAUUUCACAGUUUCUAUGGAAUGUCGAACUGUUUUCUAAUGUUCCACGUUUGCUUUUAGUAUCGAUCUCUUGUUUACCGACUUGUCUUUUCAAUUUGGAAAAAGAUUUGAAGAUGCCAAGACCUCUGCCUCCUCUCAAGCUCCAAAAGGGUGUUCCUGGGGUACAGAUACACGCCGAUGAUGCACUCAGCGAGGUCAUGUCGAACGAGACAGAUAUGGAUUUCGACGGGCGAAAAAUCCAUGUGAAGUUUAGUGACUUGGAGCCGAUCUGUGAAUUAGGUAAAUUACUCGGAAGCGUUUUUAUGUGAAAACAACUUCUUAAUUGCUCUAAUACCAACUACUUUGGGACGCAGAUUCGCGCAGAAAGGGUACAACUGUGAUGCCUAUUUUUAUGAUAGUCAAAGCCUUUGCUCUACAAGUACUAAGUAAUUUGAGGAAAUUAAAUAAGUAUGCACACGGUUUAGCCAAUUUAGGUACUACCGAAUAUACAAUUUUUAUAAAUUCAGAGGCAAUAAAGUGGGUAAGUGACUGAAAGGCGUCUGCUGAUUCAAAGUAAAUGUCACUUAUACACCAUCUUUUCAUCGGCCUCCUUCAUUUUAUAUGCGUUCUUAGUGCUGUUUGAGAGGGUAAACGCUGGAAACUUUAGUUGCUCUGGUCUUAAAUAUAUACUAUCAUUUACUUACGAGCUCGACUUAGCUGAACCGUCACUGAGUAUGGGUGGAGUGAAAAGUAAUGCAGGCGGACUGGACUUGUAAAAGAAUUAACUGAUUUCGAAACUACAAAAAAACACGACUUUCUUACCCUGAUCGUAUGCUUUUUUCCUAAAAUCACCUGGAUUAAUUGGAAGUCACAAAUAACUUUCUGUCUUUUGACGCGUUUCCAUAUAACAGUUCUGUUUGGUCAGAGUGGGUUGGCGAAAUAAGUUUUACUCAAAGCGAAUUUAGGGAUCUUCCUCACUUUAGUAGCUUAAAGAAACACGUUUGGAAGCACAAGCGUAAAGGGAAUAUAUUUCGAGCCGUAGACUAGUAGGGAAAUAGUUUGUUUUAGAUAUAGUUUAAACAUUUGGGCACUCGCUAUUAGAGGCUAUCCGUAUACUGAUUUCUGGGACGAUAUUUUACUUGAUUGCAAUCAUACCUUUUAAGAACUUAGGCAUUAGCCCUAAAAUAGCCGAGAACUUCGAAGUUUUUAAUUUUCUAAUAUUUCGACGGUAGAAACUCGAAAACAUGUCUUUAAUUUCUCGCUGUUAUUCGAAAAAUAUGCACAUUCCUCCAAGCUUGCGAUUCUACUAAUUUAACUUAGCAGAAAAUAUUUACAGCAAAUGUAGUUUCAGAAUCUAAACAGUUUUGAUCCAUUCAUUAAAAAAGACGUGGAGAAAGGGUUUUACUUAAAUUCGGCUGGAUGUAGCCUGACCAACCAUUUUAACAUAGUUUUCCCAAACAGGACCCUCUUUCUCACUAGUUAGGUUCCGUAUUUCUAGAACGUGUUUGGACAGUUUACUUCAUUUGACUUGGUGUCUUAAGGAACUUCUGACUUAUCCCAAUUAACAUACUAUAUUUUCCUUUACAUUACAAUAACACAUGACCAACCUUUAAAACAUAUAACUAUAUUGAGCCCGCUUAAAAGGAUAAGCGAGCUUAUAUCAAAAUUUGGCACAUUUAGACGAACUCAACAUAACUAUCAAAAUAUUUUAAAUUUGAGCCAAAUCUGAGGAUUUUGGUAUUUAAUAGGCCUCAGUGCUCUUUGAAAAUAUGCCAAAGAUUUAGAAAUUGUAAAUUAUUCCUACAUCACUCACGUCGUAAGAGAAAAACAAUGUUUACAAUGACUCAAAUGGCUAUCGAAGAAUAAUUAACUGUACGUAGGACUGACAUCGACCGUCCAAGGUCUGAAAAGGAUUGAUGAGAGAAAACCUGAUCGUUAAAGUCCAUUGUCAGACCUUAAAUCAACGUUUAUCAUCACAGAAACCCAUCUGUUGGACUAACUUCAUGUAUCUGCGUAAAAUUCAUAUUUCCUAAAGACGUUUACCCCAAAAGUGUGUAUCCAAUAUGAAUGCCAACGUUUUCCUCCGUACUUUUGGGUUUGUCUGCACGUAGGUCGAGGGUACUUUGGCACAGUGUACAAAACGCGUGUCUCCAAGGAGGGCCCCGAGGUUGCGGUGAAGGAAAUACAACUAACACAGCCCGAUAUUGAUCCGCGACGCAUUCUCAAUGAGAGCAUCUUUGGAGCCAAAGUAGGCAACUUUCCGUACGCCCUCAAGUCUUAUGGAUGCCUCCUACAAGACGGAACUGUACGACUGCUUAUGGAAAUUAUGGACUGUACUGUGGACGCCAUAACUCAUGAGGUAAGUACCGGUUUCUUGCUAGGCCAGAUAAAAAAACUGCUGCCUCUUAAUUUUGUAUGGAACGUUAUCACGCUGAUACAUUUCCCUUGCUGUUUACUUAAGCCUGCAGCCCAAAAUACUGUCAUGUGCAGGUUUGUGGCUUUUCUUAACUCAUCUCCGAAUGCCGACUUCGGUAGGGGGUCAUAGUCCUUAAAUGAUUUCCCUGCUUUUAUCCAAUAUUUAUACAGGCUUAUUUGAGGGUAUAUAUUAUAAUUUUGUGAAAAUCAACGUUUACAGAAACAUGCAUACCUUCUCAAGUGUAGCUGAUUCUAAAGGGAUCCUGAAACCGCUCUGAAAGGCGUAUAACACCGUGACUCUGACGGCUUCAUGUACCACGAUACAAGUUCCAGAUUAACCUUUACAAAUAUGUAAUUAAUUUGGUUUACUUCUGAGCGCUCGGUCUGGAUCUUUUGCAACCUGCGGCACUCCAAUCGUUCAAUUGGUUGUUUUCAAACACCUGAUCAUUUUUGAAAGAUCCUGGUUCUGCAUCUUCUGGAACUGAUACAUUUACGCUUCUGACACAUUUUAAAUUUCAAGCCCUCUGUCAUGACCCCCAAAAGCGCUUAAAGUCGGUGUGUAUUCUUCAAACUGUGUUAAACGUGGGCUCAAGCAUAGGACUGAUUAUUUUAAAAGUGGUAAAACUUGAAAUAGUUCGGAAGACGCACGUAAAGCAGUGUUUAGAGGAUUUCCAAGGAGUUACCACAUGGACAGUCGCCAUGGUGGGUGAGAUCUUAAAAGGUCAAAUUAGGGGACCCACGUAUGAUCUGAAAACAACCAAUUUUUGUGAUUUGAUAAAAAUCAUCGUGCCAUUGUCCAAAGACCACCGGAAAGUUAUCACCUUUAAGGCAGAGUUCAUAUUUUUUCAGAAAAACGCGCCCCUCGGGGUCGGCUCUGAGGCCCAGACGCUGAUUUCCCUAGGCUGCCGUCAACUUCUCAGGGGGAGAGACGAGAAAGAGGCACGUUCUGCAACCGGACAGUAGCAUUUGCACUUGAUGUGAAUCAAAAUGACAACCACACCUCAAGACAGGUGAUGGCUAAAAAUCCGUGCGCGCAUUCCGCCGGCUUUCUUUUGCUGCAUAGUGCAACUUUAAGGAGCCUGGUUCCUCAGCGAAUAUUCUAGGUUUUUCUUUAUAGUUCUUGAUGCAACUUCCUCUCUCGGUGUUUGCUCCUUGAUUUUGUAGAAAAUUAACUAAAGGGUUCGAGGUAAAUCUAUGGACCAGGACUUUUCAAAGCCAACCCCGAAAUUCAUGUUGGCAGUGGGGCCGAUUGCUACUCAUAUUACUUAUCCCAAAACACCUAUUUCAUCGCGCAGUUAGGUCACUGCAAAGCAUAUCAACAGGGCGCCGCCGUCCGCCUACUACAGACGAAUUAGAUAGUGACAAACUAUAGACCUUUACUGAGCACACCUAAUGGAUGCAUAAUGCCCUCACGCGUGUAGAUUAACCGGUUCGUAAAUUGGCCCUAUGAACAGGUAACCAUUUCCAAUGGGCAUGGCUCAAUUUAGAAAUGAACCGGGCAUCGGAGUGCCCUCUACAUGGUGCUCUGAUACUUCUCUGCCGACGCAUGCUACCACAGUGCGGCAUGCAUGCAAAGCAAGGUUAAGAAUGGCACCGUCAUGGCAUGCGUCAUGAAGUGCCCUUUGUGUCUGCUGAGAGCGCAGAGAAGAAGCAUGUGAUUUUCCAUUCCUUCCCUUUUCAGACACACGUAUUGGGCGAAAUCGUUCCGGAGAAGUUCAUCGCCUACAUCACGAAGUGUAUCGUCACUGGGCUAGAAUUCCUGAAUCGAGAGUGCAAUAUCCACCAUCGGGAUGUAAAGCCGUCAAACAUGCUGGUUGACCGCAGCGGGCAAGUAAAGGUGAGCAGUCAUCAGUUUGCGGUCUUUUGGUCAGUCUGCCUUCUUAAUCAUUUGUUUCAACCACCCCCCCCCUCCGUCCGUUUGACAGCGGCCCUGUUGGUCUUCAAGUGGGCUCAAGAGGUGCAACGCUUUUACUCACUUGAAAUGGCUCAAAUGCGAACUGUCAUUAAAUCCAUGUUGCCUUUGCUAGUUGGGACAACUUUUAAGUUUUAGACUCCAGAAGACGUAGGUUAAUGAAAACCAGUGGCUGUUUCGUGCUUAUCUGUGCCAGUUAUACUCUGGACAGAGACCGGUGACCGGACGGAAGUAGACUGGUGUGAGACGUACUGCGUACAGGCUGGCACUGUAAAGCCUCCUUCCUCAGCUUCCUCAAUGUUUGGUUCUCGCUUUACCGCCAGCUAGGUGGUUGCCUGUUCACGGCUCACAGACUCCAGUCAGGCCGGUGGGUGCCAACUUCAACAGGAUAUUAAAGUUGCUAGCAGAGAAUUUUUGCGUCUUUUCUGGCCAUCAAGAAAAGUCCCAAAUUACUAAGGUGUCGGUCUUAAGGGGUGGCAUUUGUCUCGAAAUUGAGGAAAUUGCCGACGAAUCCCACCAGGCUUUGGACGCUGUGAACCCGCAGUCCCAGGUAUCCAGGCAGAUAUCUUUGAUUCGCCCCAAAGUCUCUGACCGAUUUAUCGGGGUCGGACGCGGCAUUAUUGACGUUCCCGAGCUACGAGUGGUUUUGCGCAAAAUUCCAGGAAGGGUACCUGUUCCCGUCACCUAACUUUAACCCUGACCUUCAUUCCUUACCCUCAACCCCCACCCCCCUCUUGGAAUAAAGGACAAGGCCACCUGUAACUCGGGGUCCGUAUUCCCACAGAAAUGACUGGGACACGCCAUUGCUUGUUCCCCCGGGGGGCUGACGACCUGCGGCUCACUGAAAGGAGGCGGUAUCUCACUUGAUCUGAAUCGAGAUCAUUCUGUAAGUAAUUUCCUGGCGGCCGCGGUGAACCCAAGGGGAAUAGUCAUCAACCUCUUCCAUUUCCAGUUUACCUUUGUGGGGUCGAGUUGUGUCCGCAAGUCUAUGUGAUAAUCCGUAUCCACAUAUUCCAAGAAAGGCACAUUUCCGCCGGAGUAGGACUGUCUUUCUGUUUUAGAGUUGCGAGAAUUCCCAUUGAAGAAUUCAAAAGACAAUUUGGCAACCAUAAUUAAGCUCUCGAUAAAAUCUCAUCAGGCCUAUGCAUUUAUAUAUUGCUGUCGAAAUGAUUAAAAGGAAAAUGCUAGCAAGUAGAAGUUAUUCUGUUGCUGGAUUUUGGGGCGGAGGGUCUACGAGGAUGAGAUGAAAAACAAAAUUACCGUCAGUGUCAGGGGGGAAGGGGAUGGUGGCACUGGGACGGGUAAUUAUACCUAGGUGGCUGGCAUGAUGGCUUUGAACCAUGGUAACUGUGGGGUCUGUACGAAGUUCUUUUGUGCGCAUAGAACUGGUUUGUGUAGCCUGAUUGCAGCCGUCUCUGCUGUUGCCAACAGACGCUGUCCAAGUGAUUUUAGAUAGCUUGACGAGACCUUUUAAAUCACUCGGAAUGCCUAUCCGGCAUCUAUACAGUGAUCUGUGUCUACCAUGUGGGCGAGGAUAGAGCUGUUGAUGUCCUUUAUUUGGCCCUUUUCUAACCAUGCUGGAAGGUUUUCCCUUAUUCUUUUGGACAAACGCCGGCUUGCGUGACCAGUAUAUUCUGCCCCAUAGGAGCAGGUGAAGGAGUAAAUACACAUAGAAGUGGUCUGGGCUGGCAAUUUUUCCUUGCACUCUCCGUUUAGGAUGGAGCUUGUGGGGAAGAGUACCCGGGCGUCAGCUGCUGGAAAGGUGCGUGAUACAGCUUCACUUAUGCGCCUUCUUAAAAGUUCACUUGGUAAGUCUCCUUGAAACGGGACCCUAAUGAAAAGCUUCUUCUUUUAUGCCGUCAUCAUCGGGGACUUUGGUGGUCUUUCGGUCAUGUACUUGGCAAUGAACCGAUCGGGAAUAGAAUAACUUCUGCUUGCCCGCACUUUCCUUUUAAUCACUUUGACAGCAAUAGGCCUGAUGAGAAUUUGUGGAAAGCUUACGUACGCUCGUCAAAUUGUCUUUUGAACUGUUUUUCUGGUGGAAAAUGACAUUUAAAAGACUCGAAGAAGUAUGUAACCGAGCGCGUGGUGAAGAUGGAUGACAGCCGAACGCGAAGGACACACACAGAUAUUUCGCACAGAAAGUAGCUGGCGCAACAAGACUUUUGCCUUUUCUCCACAUAGGAGGCAUAGUGCUGCCGUUGCAAUGUAGCUUUGCUACUACCUAUCAUUCUCCGGCCAGGCGAAAACCCUCUAAAACAGGAUGGAGUCGGAGUUGUGGACUGGGAGGGUGAUUCGAUGCUGGGAAGACGUAGACGGCUACUUUUGUGACCUGUGCUGACACAUCGCGCGAAUAAUGCUGUCUGCAGUACGAUAUGGCACUUCUGGCCUGAUUGUCGCCCAAUAAUGCUAUUUAUCCACAGCUUACAUUUUAUUCCAGAGUAGUUUUUACUGCUCUUCUUCUUCUUCUUCGCAUUCCUGUUACUCCAAGUUUAGAUAACUGCCUUUUUAAAACUACAGGGCAUGACCAAUCUCAUGAAAUUUUGACUGAAAUUCUGAAAUGCGUUUUCGAGUAGGAGGGAUUACUUGGGCGCGGUUGUAAUACUAAUUAUCGUGCGGCAUAAUCCUAUAAUAUUUCGCACUCGCCAGGAUGUCAGCCUUUGAAUGUACUGCUUUUCAAUUUCCUGUAGAAAGUGUACUCAGUAGAAAAUUACUACUUAAUUAGCAUGCAUUUUCCCCAUUGAUUUUCGGUAGUCUUGCAAAUUCAAAUAUAUUUUAUCGAAACCACUAACAAAAAUAUUCUUUCUUUCAGUCAUUUGAUAGAGAAUCACUCCAUCUUUAUUUCAUACUGACGGAGGGAGUAUAAUUAGGUUUUAACAAAGUUUUCUUAAUGCCGAAUAAUUCGGAGCCUGAUCAGUCGUUGCAUUAGCGCUUAGUGAUUUCAGUCUACAAAGUGCAUGCUUUCCGCGUAAAGAAAAUCACAUAUUCUUUUACGAUUUUAAUAAGAUGCCAUAUGAAGUUCAUGAAAUUUUGCAAUGAAUGCGGGCCAUGUUGUGCAUUUCAUGAGGAGCAGUGGUAAACGGAUAGGUACGAUGCUGUACGAAUGGACACUGCUCAUUCUUAAAAAUCGCAUAAUAAGAAACUUUUUUAAAACCUACUUAUACUCCCUCCCUAAGUAUAAAAUAUAAAGAUGGCGUGAUUCUCUAGCAAAUGACUGAAAGAAAGCAUGUUUUUGUUCGUGGUUUCUAUAAACUAUGUUUGACUUUACAAGACUACUAGUAGUAAGUGUGAAAAUGCCUGCUAAUUAAGCAGUCAUUUUUACCGAGUACAGUUUCUACAGGAGAUUGAAAAGCAAUGCAUUCAACGGCUGACAUAUUGGCGAGUCCGAUAUAUUAUAGGAUUAUGCCGCAUGAUAACCAGUAUUACAACCGCGCCCAAGUAAUCCUUCCUACUCGAAAACGCAUUUCAGAAUUUCAGCCAACAUUUCAUUCGAUCGGUCACUUACUGUAAGUUUCAGUGAAGCCGUCGAAAGGUACAGACUUAAUGGCGCCAGUAGCUUAUAUCUGUUGCGUCGCCUUCCACAUGUGCUAGGUCGGCCUCUUAGUGCACGCUAUUUCGCUCUGCCCCAGGGUCCUAAUGGCUACUGUGCGGCCUCAUCACCGGAAUUAGCUUGAUCAAACAAAUGCGGUGCCUUCAAGUUUCACGUUGCUGCACCCUCAUACCUAGAUCUGGUUCACCUGUUCUAGCUGCUCUCUUAGUGCAUAAUCGUCAUCAUCAUCAUCACCAUCAUUAUCAUCGUCAUCUUUAGUGGCAGCCAAGCCUCCACGCUGCGUUUGUCACAGACUGGAGACGCCACGUGUCGCACCCCCUUGUCUCUUAUUAAUUCUGCCAUUCUAUCCAACAAAAAUUCCGAAAAAAAACAGAAGGCGAAAACGCAGAAAAGUUCGCAAUGUUCUUUAAAACAGUGAAGAGUUGAGUGAGUCGGGUAGCUAGAAUCCCUGGAAGCUGGAAGUCCGGAACCGCAGUAAAACGCCGUUAAAAAACUGUGGUCCAAUGCUCUUCCCAAGUCAUCUCAUAUCCAGAGACUUCACUGGUCAAGCAUGCUUAGCGGUAAAGCUAUAUUUUGCCGCUUUCAUGCCGCGACUAGACCGACUGGUACUUAGUCGGGUAUUGGUACUAGCUGCGAGCUAGGCUGCUGUGUAUUCGAGCUCUAUUCUAGGGCGCCCGUUAAAUGUCGUUAAUUUAGGCUCAAAUACUGGCAAUCUCAGUAGCAUAUGCCAGGCUGAAACUGACAGCCGACGGCUUAAUUUAGCGAGAGCGGCGUCGCUUAGUGUGGGAAGCUAAAACUAUCGGUGACGAAACCCGCCUGCUGACGAGGGACCCAAAUCGCAGACGCACUGUUCUCUCCUGAGUCACCUAUCGCACGUCCUAGGUCGAAAAAAGUCUAAAAUUAACGUUUUCAUGUGUUUGACUCCAUUGUCACCGAUGAUCUUAAAGGAGGACCUUUAGGACACCGGGUAAAUUACUCAGGAUUAGAUGUUCACACCGCAGACAUUCCAAGGUCAUUUCUGAUGAAUUUGAAAUUAUUUUUGGCUCCAGGGCAGGCGGUGGUGAAGCCACUUUGAUUUGUCGGGAUGCAACGGGGGGAGGGGAGGGGUUGCAUCGGUAUUAAUCAUGCGGAGGAAAUCAGCCUGGAAAUGAUGAGUUCUUACGCGUGCGUAUCUUCUCCCGCCCCCCCCCCCCCAAGUUGCUCAGCAUGUGAGUGAGUUGUCGGCGUCAAACACAACCGGGCCGUAGAGUGUGAUGUCAGCGUCAGGCAUUCACGUACACGUACACGGCGUGAGACUGAAAUGAGGACUGUGCCCAAGAGGGUCCAUGUAAUGCACACGCGAGUCCAGAGGUAUACAAGACCAGAUUCUGCUUCUGCCGUUGGAAUUGCUACUUAAAAUUAGUUCGGGGUAAUUCCACUAUCUGCCAAAUGUGGAAGUAUCGGGCAGCCAGGCAGGCCUCCCUUCCUGGGGUUCCUGACGUCUUCUGUCACUGAGGUUGCCAAGGUUACCACUUACUCCUAAAUCUCCUAAAGGCAAGGGAGACUUGCCUUUGUCGGUACUGCCAUUCUGCACUUAACUUAGUAAUUUCUGAAAUUUUUCGCUUGGUAUUUAUCUGGAGUUCACAUGACAGAAACCCGCAAAGGGAAACCAGGGGUGCUCAAUGAGGAGCCGAACUCCUACCACCUUCAUCCUGUAGUGACGAAAAAUAUCGGCGAAGCACGUGCCUUGGUUUUUAGCUGGUAAAUUUGUCCGGCGUACAGCAAAACCCCUGCCAUACGAAAAUUAUACUAUUUGGAAUACAACUUAUAUGCGGAGUGGGUAUUGCGCGACCAGCCCGCUGAAGUUAACAGUCUCCAACUCAAAUGUUCCCUGAAUUUCCAUACUUGACCAGAAAAAGUCAAAUCCUGCCUCUUAAAAUGUCUUGCAUAUUGUUUCUGCAUUUCCUAUGCUACAGCGGGGACCCACUGGGGCACCAAACCCCUCGCAGUUGCACCCGCAGCAACAGUAGCAUCGAGGAAACACAUGUCUAAGCUUUCAUCUAGGAUGGUAUGGCAUGGUUUAAAUCACAACCAACGGGGAAACGAACCCAAUCAAAGGGAGCGUGCGUAAGGCUGACUGACAGCGGCUAAGAAGCUAUAAAUGACCAUUUCAGUCUUCGUCAUCUCUGCCGAUAAUCUCCUCCUUCAGAUAUAAUUAGUCGCCGUAAGGCUACCUGCGGGGUUUUGGAUCGAUCUACAAAACCCAACAGGACGAGCAAGUCCCGUAACCCGAUCGGUGAACGUUCUUCUAGCAUAGUUAGUAUUCCCGGUCGCAGCCAACAGGAGAACGGACCCCCCCGACUCAAUUGGUAGGCCUUCGACUUAUUGACCAAAGACCUCGAGCCUGAAUCUCGGGUGCUGCUGGCCUGAGGUUGAGGAUGGCUAACUGACGACGUAUAAUAAGCUAGAAGCGGCCAUUCCAAUAUUCUUUCUCUUUUUCGGUAGUCUCAUUUGUUAUACGCGUACAUACGUACCACACAUGAGAAAGGGGUAAACUUGGUUUCCAAACCAGUGAGAGACUACUGACCCAGUGCAGUUGAUGCGUGGAAAUAGAAAUGUGAAUUGAGCAUGUCUUUGAAUGUGCCUCUGAUGUUUAGGAAAUAAUCCAUAUACCAGACCCCCACCAUCACUGUGGCGAAAGCAUGGUACACUGUCGAAUAACGAGUGUUCAGAGAACCCUCUAGACGCUUUUAUCAACAUACCUCCUAAACUUCAAAUUAAGGCGUUCCUCUGUCAAUCCUAUCACCGGCUCUUCAUCCUCUCUGUCUCUCCCUCUGGCCCUAGAUUUGUGACUUCGGUAUGUCCAAGGAAAUGAUUGACAUGAAGACCAUGACCAACGUGGGGACUUUCAUGUACCAGGCACCCGAACGCCUCGACCCCUCCUCCCUGAACCGCCAGGGCUUUCGCAUCCAGUCGGAUGUCUGGUCUCUGGGCCUGAGCGUCUACAAGAUUGCCACCAAUGAUCAUCCCUACGCUCAUUUCGUAGACAGCAUGGACUACAUGUACACAGUUCUGCAGAGUGACAUCCCAACCCUGCCCCAGGGUGGGGAUGAGGAGGCCGGAGCGGGGGCCAGUUACUCCAGUCUCAUCAGGGACUUCCUCGCCUUCUGCCUCGUAAAGGAGGAGAGUCAGCGCCCCGAUUUUGCCGCCCUUCUUCAAUCCGCUUUCCUGGCGCCUGUAGAUCUGGAUGGCGUAAAGCCCGAAUUCGCCUCCUUUGUGACUCGGAUCCUCGCUAGUAAGGAUCCCGAGCUGGGGACUGUUAGCGCGACAUGA